AUGAUACCAUUUUAUUCUUUCAACCGUAGCUCACCAAUCAGUCAAUUUAUACCUAAAAUUAAACUCAUACUUUACGCUUUUCUUUCUCAUUUUUCUUAUUGUUUCCUUGAUUUUCCUUUUCUUUCUUUCUUUCUUUCUUUCUUUCUUUCUUUCUUUCUUUCUUUCUUUCUUUUCCAAACGUUUUUUACGUUUAAAAUUAAACACAUUUAUUAUAUUUCGGUUUCUCCUUCUUUCUUUCUUUCUUUCUUUCUUUCUUUCUUUCUUUCUUUCUUUUCCAAACGUUUUUUACGUUUAAAAUUAAACACAUUUAUUAUAUUUCGGUUUCUCCUUCUUUCUUUCUUUCUUUCUUUCUUUCUUUCUUUCUUUCUUUCUUUUUCUUUCUUUCUUUUUUUCUUUUCCAAACGUUUUUUACGUUUAAAAUUAAACGCAUUUAUUAUGUUUCGGUUUCUCUUUCUUUCUCUCUUUCUUUCUUUCUUUCUUUCUUUCUUUCUUUCUUUCUUUAUUUAUUUAUUUAUUUUCCAAACAUUUUUAUGUUUAAAAUUAAACUGA